UUUGGUCAUUGGGAAAGUUUGACCCCCUCUUUUCUCUCCGAUUCUGCGAGGCGACAUCGGCGGCGAGAGGCGGGCUAGGGUUUCGAGCACCGCCACCGCGCGCCAUGGCCGAGGCCAACCAGUACCAGAUCCUGGUGCGGCUCCUCGACGGCCGCACACGCUGCCUCCGCUUCUCGACGACGACCGUCUCCGGCGCGGCGCUCCUCGACGCCGUCUCGGCGCUCUCCCGCGUCCCCGCCGCGUCCCUCCGCCUCGUCACCGGCCGCCUCGACGUCUCGCCGUCCUCCGUCCUCGCCUCCUCCGCCGACGGCCGAUUCCCCUCCGCAUCCGCGCUCCUUCGCCUCCGCGGAGGCAAGGGCGGGUUUGGCUCGCUCCUCCGUGGCGCCGCCUCCAAGGCCGGCCAGAAGAAGACCAGCAACUUCGACGCCUGCCGCGAUAUCAACGGCCGCCGCCUGCGCCACGUUAACGCCGAGCGCCGCCUCGAGGAGUGGAAGGCCGAGGCCGCAGAUCGCCAGCUCGAGAAGCUCGCGGAGGAUUUCAUCAAGAAGAAGGCUAAGGAAGCGGGUCGCGGUGGUGUGAAGGCGGCCGAGGUGGACAAAUACCUCGAGAAGUACCGCAAGGAUGCCGAGAGUUGCGUUAAUGCGGUUGAGGAGUCUGUGCGCGCCUCUCUUGGGAAGAGGAAGACCGUGCCCAAGCCACGCGGUGGGGAAGAUGCCAAGAAGCUUAAGAUUUGGCUGGGCAAGAAGAAGGUACAAGAGGAUGAGAGUGAUAGCGAUAGUGACAGUGAAAUGGAUGAUGAUGAGGGUGCAGAUACAAAAUCCAUAAUUCUUGAUGAUGGGAAUUCCUCGCAUGGAUCCAAAAGUGAGGACGAGAAGGUUGAUCUGGGUUCAAUUACUGAAUCACCUUCAGAAGGAGAGACCUCAGGUGAGAAGUCUGGACGCUCUGAAUCAGAGGAGAAUGGAAACGGUGUUCAGGAGUCCAGGGAACCUACAAUUAGGUCAGAAGGUGAAUGCGGUGAUUUUAUAUCAGAUGGUGUGGUGGAGCAUGAGAUUGGAGUGGUGGAUGAGCACACACCUGAGAAUGGUGUUAGUGCUCUUUCAGAAGAAGUGUUGAAACCAGAUGUAAAAGCAGAGGAUAACACUGCUUCUGCUUCAGCCACAUCACAUCUUAAUGACCUAGAGGCGCCUCCAGUAGAAGAACCUGCCAAUGGAAAUAUAUCUCCUCUUUCACAGGAACCACUGGACCUGACAAUUUACAGUUCAGCUGCAGAAUUGGAGGUACUUGGCAUGGAGAGACUCAAGCUAGAGUUGCAGAAUCGUGGACUAAAAUGUGGUGGCACCUUACAAGAGCGUGCUGCCAGGCUUUUCCUUCUGAAAACAACACCUCUGGAGAAGCUACCAAAGAAGCUGUUCGCAAAGCCCAGUGGUGGGGGAAAGUGAGAACUAGUGCAUAUAACAGCUAAAAUGACGAAAUGCAAAUCUAUAUGUGAUGUUCUUUUAUAAUUUGAAAUUGUUGUAAUGUGAUGAUAAACUUUUGUCUUGACGCUGAAAAUUAAUGAGCUAUGACGUGCCAGUAUGCACAUGUUGUAAUGUCUACUAGAACUUCGCUGUUACUGAAUAGUGUGCACACCCUC